UGAGCGUUGCGUCAAAUACUACUAGUCUAUUACGCUUGAGUGAUUAUCCUAAUGUAGUUAUGCAUAGCAUGGGGGUUGUUGGCUACUUUGUGAUAAAAGGAGCCAUUUGCUUCGAGCAGCUAUCAGUUUAUCAUUAAUAAGCAAUCAGUAAUAAUUAUAUCAUGGCUGAAGAUAGCCACAGCAAGAGUUCCGAGGAAAAAACAGUCAAGUGUCAUCUCCAUGACCGCUAUCUCAAAGAGUUUCUUGAUGACAACACCAUUGGUGGAAUCAACCACAUCUUUCGAGGUCGCUCCAAAGUAAGGAGGCUACUAUGGGCACUCAUAUUCAUCGGAUCCAUUGUCGCCUGCAUCACGUUGAUCAGCAUUAGCUUCCAAACUUUUUUGGAGAAACCCACAGCAUCCACCAUCACCGUCAUUACUCAAGACGAUGAAGGAGUCUCUUUCCCAAGCGUCACUAUAUGCAAUCUUAAUUUGGAGAGAAAUGAGUCAGAUAUGGUCGCUGAUACUGGGUACCUCUUGAUGAACCAUAUAUUCAACCCUGACGAGAACUUUCACUUAACUGGUCUGAACUCUUCCUUUCUUCUCAAUAGUUGUAAUGCAAUCUCAGAUUCAUUCCCUGCAUCAUUUCGCAACACCACGCUAUGGAAUUCACAGCAUCCUCAAGAAACUCUGGAUAAGUUAAUUCACUUUUGCGGGUUUGUCAGUGGAAUCAACAGCGCUGUCAUACCGUGCAAGGAUGCUUUUAAACCAGUCCUAACAUCAGCUGGAAUCUGCUACACAUUCAAUGGUAGCAACAAUCGUAUUCACAGCACUGGUGUAAGAUAUGGUCUGAAGCUAAUACUGAAUAUACAACAAGAGGAAAGACCAUCGUUCAAUGGCAAGUCGGGAGUUAAGCUUAUUGUCCAUGAUGGUAGAGAUAUUGCAAGGCCUAACCUUUAUGGCAUUGAUGUAGCCCCUGCUCAUGCUGUUGAUGUUGGAGUACGAAGAAAAGCAAGUAAAGAUGAGACCAAUGAAGCUGAUUGCAUUGAUAGCAAGGAGCUUCCUUUCUUUUCUGAGUACAGAUAUUCACAAUUUGCCUGCAGACAGAAUGCUAUAGUCGAGAACCUAGCGACCAGUUGUGAUUGUUCCAUUCACCCUGACAGGCCAUCCAGUGGCCCCUAUUCAUCCACUCCUCACUGUACAUUUGAUAAAGGAUGCUGUGUCCUUGAACAAUAUCAAACCUUCAACCCAGAGCUAGCCUGUCCAUUACCAUGCUACUUUCCAUACUACGAACACACUGCAAGCUAUUCGAGUUUUCCUAAUGGACGCUAUCUAAAUUAUCUUGUUGAGGAAACCAACAUGUCUGUUGACUACAUCAAAGAUAACUUUCUAUCGAUAAACGUUUUUGUCGAUGACCUUCAGCUAACUACUACCAUCACUAAGUACACAUUUGGUGUAGCAGAACUACUUGGUGAGAUUGGUGGUCAAAUGGGCCUAUUCCUUGGGAUUAGUAUAAUAUCAAUAGUGGAAGUAGUGGUCCUCUUUCUUGAUGAACUAAAAAGGUUGUUCUGCACAAAGAAAAUGCGCGAGAAAAUGCAAGACAUUGAGAAUGCAAUUGAACUUCCAGAGAUCGAAGGAACUGAUGUCGAAGAAGACAUUGACAACAAAGUGUAACAUAAACAACUCAUAAUUUUAUCAUUAAUUUUGUUUAUACUAUGUUCUAUGUUAUAAUGUCAUGUCUUUUUUAAUUUUUAUAAAAUCUAUCAUUGAGAAAAGCAAGAUGUAGAUCUUAAAAUUCA